UUCCUUCAGAAUGCCACACCGUAACAUUUCUCCUUCGACCUUCCCUGCCGGAAAAGGCGGAGACGAGGUGAUCCCAGGUUGAGAGAGCUGUGAAACUGAAUCAACGAGAUAUAACUGGGUGCUAGCGGAGAACGGCACGAGAAACAGGUGGAAAAUAUGUCGUGAAGACAUUGCUAUCUGACGGAGAUGGCUGCAAAUCUAAAACCAGCCACCUGCAUUUAAGUUCCAUUCCGAGGAAGAUUGGAUUUUAAAACACUGUUCAGCGUCGUUACCCGGUAGAUUGAUCCGCAACACUUUCUUGUAAGUCGCGAAGUUGAGUGCCUCGACCCAGCCCGUUACUUAGCUAGAAAACGAACAUUCGCUAGCUAGCUAACGCUUGUUAGCAUUGGACAUUUAUUAGGUAGGUCGCUUCUUAGCUAAUUUUGUCAGCCAAGCUCCAACCCGUUGGGACAUGCAUUAUUUGGAGGAUAGCGGUUAAUGGAGAAUUUGUUGAACAAGGAAAUAUCCCUUUCCUCCCAGCAAGUCAGUGUGUCAUGAUGGAAUAUACGAUGUUUGAGUACGAACCCUUGUAGCUAGCUGGCAGGGCAGACGGCUAGCACAACAUAUCAAAGAUUCUGGAUGAUUCUUCGACUUGGGUUCACUGGGGAUCAAUACUAUCUACCAGAGGGUUUUUCAAAUAUAACGCCGAGACAGUCAGUCUGACAGUGGACACAAUGGUGGAGACCAGUCUCAACGACUCAAAUGUGAAGGUUGCAGUCCGCGUUCGUCCAAUGAACAGGAGAGAAAAGGACCUGAACACAAAAUGUAUUGUGGACAUGGAAGGCAACCAGACCACCCUGCAGCCCAGUGGAGGAAACCUGGGCAGAGGAGACUCCAGGAGUCAGCCCAAGACCUUUGCGUAUGAUUACUGUUUCUGGUCCAUGGACGAGUCGGAAAAGGACAAAUUUGCAGGUCAAGAUGUGGUCUUCCACUGCCUUGGUGAGAGUCUUCUGCACAAUGCCUUCCAGGGCUACAAUGCCUGCAUCUUUGCCUACGGACAGACGGGUUCGGGGAAGUCGUACACCAUGAUGGGCUCUGUGGACUCCCCAGGUCUGAUCCCACGGCUGUGCAGCUCCCUGUUUGAUCGAACCCUGCAGGAGCAGAGGGAGGGGGAGGGCUUCACCAUAGAGGUGUCUUACAUGGAGAUCUACAACGAGAAGGUCCGCGACCUCCUAGACCCCAAAGGGAGCAGACAGGCCUUGAGGGUGAGGGAACACAAGGUGCUGGGACCAUAUGUGGAUGGAUUGUCUCGUCUGGCUGUGGCCAGCUACAAGGACAUUGAGUCUCUGAUGUCAGAAGGGAACAAAUCUCGUACAGUGGCUGCCACCAAUAUGAACGAGGAAAGCAGCAGAUCUCAUGCAGUCUUCAACAUUAUCCUCACACACACUCUCAAAGACCUGCGGUCCGGGACAAGUGGGGAGAAGGUCAGUAAGCUGAGCCUGGUGGAUCUGGCCGGCAGUGAGAGAGCCGCCAAGACCGGGGCGACUGGAGAGAGGAUGAAGGAGGGCAGCAACAUCAACAAGUCUCUGACCACCCUUGGCCUGGUCAUAUCUGCUCUGGCAGAACAGGGAUGUGGGAAGAACAAGACUAAAUUUGUCCCCUACAGAGACUCUGUGCUCACAUGGCUGCUGAAGGACAGCCUGGGCGGUAACAGCCGGACGGCCAUGGUUGCUACGGUGAGCCCAGCGGCUGACAACUAUGAUGAGACGCUGUCGACACUCCGCUAUGCCGACCGGGCCAAGAGCAUCGUCAACCACGCAGUGGUCAACGAGGACCCCAAUGCACGCAUCAUCAGGGAGUUACGAGAAGAGGUGGAGAAACUGCGGGACCAGCUGACCCAGGCCGAGUCCAUGAAGGCCCCAGAGCUGAAGGAAAGACUGGAGGAGUCAGAGAAACUCAUCCAGGAGAUGACAGUCACCUGGGAGGAGAAACUACGCAAGACAGAGGAGAUAGCACAGGAGCGUCAGAAGCAGUUGGAGUCCCUGGGUAUAUCCCUUCAGUCCUCUGGCAUCCGAGUGGGUGAGGACAAGUGUUUCCUGGUCAACCUUAAUGCUGACCCCGCCCUCAACGAGCUGCUGGUCUACUACCUGAAGGAGCACACCAAGGUGGGUUCGGCUGACUCCCAGGACAUCCAACUGUGUGGAAUGGGCAUCCAGGCUGAACAUUGCAUCAUCGACAUCACCACGGACCAAGGAGUAGUCCUGACCCCUCUUAGAAUGUCACGAACGUGUGUGAACGGUUCUCCAUGCACCAGCCCUCUUCAGCUUCACCAUGGAGACCGCAUCCUCUGGGGAAACAACCACUUUUUCAGGAUCAACCUGCCUAAGCGGAGGUUGCGGGGCAGUGGUGAGGAAGAGGAGGGUGAGGGGGGUUUGAUGAAGAACAGUAACAGCAGUGAACAGCUGGAUGGUGAUGGAGACACCAACAGUGAAGUGUCCUCUGAGGUGUCCUUCUCCUAUGAGUUUGCUCAGACGGAGGUCAUGAUGAAGGCCCUGGGGAACAGCGACCCCAUGCAGGCAGUGCUUCAGUCCCUGGAGCGGCAGCACGAGGAGGAGAAGCGCUCUGCGCUGGAAAGACAGAGGCUGAUGUACGAACAGGAGCUCCAGCAGCUGAGACGGAAGCUUCACCCAGACAGACAGCCCACAGGACAGACGGGCACGUCCCCCAACCAAUCACAGGGCCAGGCUGACCGACAGGGACAGUCUCACUACCGCAGCCUGGAGAGACUCAGUAUGGGGGGCAUGUCCAACUCUCCAAGCGCACAGAGCAGACUGAAGCAGUGGAGCGAGGAGAGAGAGGCGGUGCUAACCCGUAGCCUGCGGAAGCUUAGGGAGCAGAUAGUGAGGGCUAACCUGCUGGUCCAGGAGGCAGGUUUCAUAGCAGAAGAGUUGGACAAACGAACAGAGUAUAGAGUCACCCUGCAGAUACCUGCUGCUAACCUCAACGCCAACCGCAAGCGGGAUGCUGUGUUGAGUGAGCCAGCUGUGCAGGUGAGACGAAAAGGGAAAGGAAAACAGAUCUGGGCUCUGGAGAAAAUGGAGAACCGGCUGGUGGAUAUGAGAGACCUCUACCAGGAAUGGAAGGACCAUGACGAGGACAACCCUGUGAUGCGUUCCUACUUCAAACGUGCCGACCCGUUCUUUGAUGAGCAGGAGAACCACAGUCUGAUAGGUGUGGCCAACGUCUUCCUGUCCUGUCUGUUCUAUGAUGUCAAGCUGCAGUAUGCAGUACCCAUCAUCAACCAGAAGGGGGAGGUAGUUGGGAGGUUACACGUGGAGGUGGUGAGGGUGGCGGGGGGGGUUGAGGAGAGCAUGGCUGGGGGAGAGGACGAGGCCAGCCCUGAUGGAGAGGUACAGGAGAGGAAACUGGUCUGCAUGAUCAAGAUAUUGCAGGCGACAGGCCUCCCCCAGUACCUGUCCAACUUUGUCUUCUGCCAGUACUCGUUCUGGGAUCAGGCAGAGCCCAUCAUCGUGGCCCCAGAGGUGGACCCAUCCUCCUCGUCCCCCAGCAGUAAGGACCCCCACUGCAUGGUGGUCUUUGACAGCUGCAAGGAGAUAGCUGUGGCAGUAACAGAGGAGUUUAUAGAGUAUUUGACGGAGGGGGCGUUGGCCAUUGAGGUGUACGGACACCGACAGGCUGAUCCCGGCAGAAACCCCGCCCUCUGGGACCUCAGCAUCAUACAGGCUAAGACCCGAACACUACGAGAUAGGUGGAGUGAGGUGACACGCCGCUUGGAGAUGUGGGUCCAGGUGUUGGAGAUCAAUGAGAACGGAGACUUCAUGCCUGUAGAGGUGUUGCCUGCCAGGGAUGUUCGUACAGGAGGCAUAUUUCAACUACGACAGGGCCAGUCGAGGCGCCUGCAGGUGGAGGUGAAGUCUGUCCAGGACAGUGGCACCAUGCCCCUGAUCGCUGAGGUGGUCCUGGCUGUGUCAGUGGGCUGUGUGGAGAUCAGACCAACCCCCCAGACCAAGGCCAAUAACCACGGAGUCUCAGUGGAGGGGGACGAGAUGGACAGUUAUCAGGAGCGUGAUCUGGAGCGUCUUCGUCGCCAGUGGCUGACUGCGCUCACCAAGAGACAGGAGUAUCUGGACCAACAUCUCCAGACCCUGGUCAGCAAGCCAGAGAAGACGGAGGAUGAUGCUGAGAGGGAGGCACAGCUGUUGGAAUGGCGUCUGACUCUGACUGAGGAGAGGAAUGCUGUCAUGGUUCCCUCAGCUGGGAGUGGCAUUCCUGGAGCGCCUGCAGAGUGGGUUCCUCUACCUGGCAUGGAGACUCACACACCAGUGCUUUUCCUGGACCUCAGUGCGGAUGACUUCAGUUCCCAGGAGGCCUUGGAAGUCCCAGAGACGGGCGGCUGGGACGCCACUCUGUGCGGUGAGGAUGAGGACGACUUCUUCGACCUGCAGAUCGUCAAACACUAUGAUGGAGAGGUGAAGGCUGAGGCGUCAUGGGACUGCACAGUGCACGAGUGUCCGCAGCUGAGUCGUGGAGGAGCCUGGCUGGAUCAGAGGGUGUAUCUGACGGUCCGCUGUGUGGUUCAGCUCAGCCACCCGGCCGACAUGCAGCUCGUCCUGAGGAAACGGAUCUGUGUCAACCUGAACCCGGGUCGACAGGGCUUCGCCCAGAACCUCCUGAAGAGGAUGUCCACGCGAUCAACCAUUCCUGGUUGUGGCGUUACAUUCGAGGUGGUCUCCAACAUCCCUGGGGACGCCCAGGGCUCAGAGGACAGGGAGAUGCUGGCUCGUCUCGCCGCCAGUGCUGAGAACCCUAAGUCAGCCGACAACGAAGCGGCCAUUGAGAAAUACCUCCGCAGUGUCCUGGCCGUGGAGAACAUCCUGACCCUGGACCGCCUACGACAGGAGGUGGCAGUGAAGGAGCACCUGGCAGGUAAAGGGCGGGGCAACAGACGAAGUCUCAGCUCCCCCAGUGUCCACAGGCUUUCUGGAAGCAGACAGGACCUGUCCUCAAACUGCAACCUGGAAGACAACAAGAGUCGCUGGGAGAGCCAGCAGGAUAUCUUCAUGACCUCGCCCCAGUUCAGCCGCACCAUGCCUCGCCCGACCCCCUCCCCCUCGCCCCCCACUGUGCCCCCACAGAACCAGGAGCCAGACCCAGGUCGUUCAGGGCUUGCUGCCUCUUAUCUUUCAGUCAAAGCCCUGGUGAUGCCCAAGCUUCUCAAGUCCCUGUUCCCCUCCCGCGAUGACAAAAAGGAGCCCCUGCGCCCCUCGCCUCACUCCCUUCAGGUAGGGAACCUGGAAAACUGUGGCCUCCAGCUUAUUCAGCAGCAGCAUGUGCCUCGUAUUGUCAUGCAAACCACCAGCCCUGAAGACAACAAGAUCCGGAUAGAACCGGUUGCUAUGCUAGGAAGGACCGCCCUGAUCCCGGCCCUGACCAAUGACAAGUGGUCGGAGUCCACUGAAGCCCCUCCUUAUCCUGUUCCAUCUUCCCAGCAUGACUGUCAUGACAACCCCCUCAGCCCUAUCAGCGAGGCCUCCAGCGGUUACUUCUCCACAAGCGUUUCCACAGCAACCUUGUCGGAGGCUUCAGGCGUGGCCGGUGGUGAACACACCCCCACCCGCCCCUCCUCCUCCCCCCUCAACCUCAUUGAGGAAGGGGUGGGGCUAAAGGGAAGUGACGCUACUGACACUACAUUACCCAGAACUCAACGGCUAGCUGACCGGAAUGGUGUUACUGCUGCCUCUCCUCAGCUUGACAACACCUGCCCUGGCCCUGGUCCUGGUGUCACCACGGGCAGCCAGCCCUUCUCCGUGCUGAGAGUGUCCACGUCUGACCUCAAGUCAUUCCAGCAUGGUGUCCAGGGGGAGGAAGAGGAGAGUGGAGAAAGACAAAGUGGACAGGAGAGUCUGGAGAGACUGGAAAUCAUUCUGGAUGACGAUGAGGCAUGCCGUGACUAUGUGCUCCCUGAUUGGCUGAGAGAAGGCGUGUGCGUGACUGUGGGAACCAAUAAGGGCGGGACCGUGCGCUACGUGGGAAGCACUGAGUUUGCAGAGGGCUUGUGGGUCGGGGUGGAGCUGGACUCACCCUCAGGUAAGAACGAUGGCUCCGUAGCUGGGCAUUACUACUUCCGCUGUAACCCUGGUUACGGUGUCCUUGUGCGUCCAGACCGGGUGUUCCAAAGGGAGUGUUCCACCAAACAGAACCAGGAGAAUCGGCGCAGCAGUGAGUUCUACCAGCCCGUUUUACGGGGAGAGAUCACUAACAGAAGAGGGGAGAACCGCAAGUCGUGGAGCAGCUGAAUCGGAGAGAAACUGUCCUGGGUGGCGGAGACGCUCACCCUCACACCCCUCUCUGUUUUAGUCCGGUCCAACCAGAACUCCCAGGGGCUCCUUCACCCUCACACCCCUCUCUGUUUUAGUCCGGUCCAACCAGAACCCCCAGGGGCUCCUUCACCCUCACACCCCUCUCUAGAUCUCUAGCUAUGCAAUACUACUGCAUCUACUUUCCAGUUCCCAAUCCUCCCAUGGCUGCAGUUGUAGUUCACUGCUCUGUCCUCUCUUGGUCCAGACAGCCCUGUCUCUCACCACAGGGAAACAGCUGUCUGUAUUCGACUGGCUGCUGUGGCUCUGUAUCCCCAGCAGUGGUGGCGCCCCCUGUAGCAUGGACCUGGCACAGCACCUGAAGGCUUCCACAGCUCUAAGACAGGACCCACCAGGAAGCCAAUGGACACGUUGCUUCAAGGGUCAAGUUUCAGGAUCCAGAGUGAUCACUUCUGAUGUCAUCUAACUCGGGUUACUUAGAGAAUCCUUCAUAUAAAAAAAAACAUUUGAAACCCCAUCCUUCUUUCUGAAUGGAAAUGUCCGUUUUGGUCUCACCUCUUUUUGGAAUGAAAUGGUCCCUUUUACCUAAAUUAAGGUAUUGGUCCUGAUAUUUGAACAGUUCCUGUACCAGUCUCCCAUAAGAAGUCAUUUAUCUGAAACGAUCAGUUCUUCCAGAAUGUGCCUUCAUAAUUCAUGAGGUUUUCUUUGUAAUAUAUUAUUUAGUGGUUUUAUUUCAUGCACAUUUCUCCCUCUGUUGAUCUCUGAUUAUUCUGUCUUGUGUCACCUCUGAGGUGAUCAGGGAAUGCAUGGAUGUGGCGCUGUGGUGUGUGUGUGUGUGUGUUUCCUGCUGAUCUGAAAGGCAAGGCACUGGUUUGUUUUAUAUUGUAAGACGUCAGUUUAAGGAUGGUUCAAAUAUUAGGACAAACCCAGUGAGAAACCCAGUGGUUAAUAGUUGGUUUGAAACCCAGUGGUUAAUGUCUGGUCCACUGGGAAGGUUCUGCAGUGUAGAGGUUGAUACAUAGUAGAGGAUUCUAGAACGGUUUGAGGAAGUGGUACCUGGUCUGAUCUGGCCUGGUCUAGCCUGUUCUAAUCUGGUCUGAUUUAGCCCGGCCUGGCCUGGUUUAGUCUGGUCUAUCCUGUCCGGUGUAGCCUGGUGUGGCCUAGUGAGAUUGCAGGUGUUUUCUUAACCCUGUGGUGAUGUGUGGAGCAGAAGUUGAAUGGAAGUUUGGAUCUGGUAUGUUUUCCUGCUGGUUGAUGAUUUAUGUUUGGGGGAUACAUAGGUUAGGGUCAAUCCUCUGUUCACCAGACCUCUUUAAAUAGUGAUGUGAUUUGUGAUGACAGUCAUAAGAAAUGAACGGAUGUCAGGUUUUUAUAGUUUCAGAUGUUUUAUGAGCAGUUUAGUUUGUACUCACAUUCCAGGAUGAAGGAUGUGGAGCAGAAGACAGACACUAGAAAUUAAAUUUAAAAAAUGGUUCGUACCCUGAAUUUACUCUGAGAUUAAUCACAUUUUUAGUAGACAUUCCAUUUUUAUCUGACAAUAAAGGUUAAUGUGAUUUUAAGUUAAUUAAAAAUUAACAUUGUAGAGGCCACAUGUUGAGAAGCCAAGGCACAUUUUGUGAUGGGAUGCAGAAUGUUUUUAAAUUAGUCCAUUCAUCAAGUAUGGAGCUCAUAGAAAAUAUCAAAGAUAUACCCUUCACCUUAACAUCAUAACAUACUACGAUGUUAAAGACUAUCAUGAUUUAAGCCUGCAUUUGCCAUGUUAGGCCUCUAUAUUUGAAGGGUUAUAUAGACAUGUAAUACAGAAUGCCUUAAUCAUGUGGAAUAGAAGCCUCUGACGUUUGACUGGAAGAAGUUGUUGAUUGCACAAAUGGUUCUAUGAGAUGGUGCUGCUAUAGCCAAUGUAAUGUGUGUAAAUUGAUCCGAUCACUGAUAUUAUAAUCCAUACUGGGAUUUAAUCUUGAUUCUAGUCUUGAUCUUUUGCCGUCUCUGUGUCACUGGAGAUGGCAGGUAGUACGGUUAAGCUUUGUAUGGCUUGGUGAAUGGCCAGUUGGGAUCUACAGUGGAUGGGAUAAGACAUUCAAAUACAUGGGAUUUAAUGAGUUGGUUUUUAAAUAAUUUCCUGUGCAUUUUCUUCCCAGUAAUGCGGCCUCGACUUUCUAUAGAAAGUGUUUUUCAAAUAAGUUUCGUAAAGCCUACUAUUAGAUUAUUAUUUCUUUGUAUUUCAAAUUCCUGGUUUAAUAGCUUUUUGUUUUUUCCAUAUUUCCCAAGUGUAAUUCCAAAUACAUUCCAACAUUAAACUAUGCCUACUUGUUUUAAAACACUACGAAAGCAAACAAAAAUCCCCUAGAUAUUUGAACCCAGGUCUGGUUGAGCAAAGGAUUUAUUAAUAAUUGUCAUAGUUGCUCUUCAAGAACUUCACCCCAAGUCUCUGGGAAUCUUAACAUUGCUGACGGAGUUGCUAGAUGGUGUUUGAAGUGUUGUCGGGGUUUAAUUUGUCGAGCCUACGCCAAGUGGUCAUCGUGGUAAUAACGGAACAGAAUUGUGUGUGUGAUGAAGAAUGUGGCAAUAAAGGAACGCAGUUGUGUGUGAUGAAGAGUGUGAGUACAGGUGCUGUAUGGAAUGGAUUUGGCCUUGCUUUUGUCGCCUCUGUGCUUUUUACACAGAGACCGAAGAGUGUUUGAGAUCAAUUCAGGCUUCUCUAUUUUAGUGCCUCCCUAUUUUAUCAGGACAUCAGAUGUGCAAAGGUAGCAGUGUUUCAGACAUUAUUUAGUAGCAUAUUUCAUACUGUUCGUCUUUGACAAGACGCUCCAUAUUUCAGCGCUGAUGCGGUCUUCACUUUCGGAGACAAAAUACAGAUGAGCUGGUUAACGGAACGGGGCUGUUCCCUGUGGAUCAUUAAUGUUGACUAACACAGUAUAUGGAUGGAAUGUUCAGGAUAAAGCCCGGUUCACCAUAGCCUUUUCAUGUCAUGAGUAAUGACAGAAUUACCCUAACCAUGUCAUAUGAGGAGUAAUGACAGAAUUACCCUAACCAUGUCAUAUGAGGAGUAAUGACAGAAUUACCCUAACCAUGUCAUAUGAGGAGUAAUGACAGAAUUACCCUAACCAUGUCAUAUGAGGAGUAAUGACAGAAUUACCCUAACCAUGUCAUAUGAGGAGUAAUGACAGAAGACACUACUAGACCUAGAACCUUCCAAACGUCUUUAAUGAGUGGAGCUAUUGGAAGAGUAGUAGGGAUCAAAUGUAACAUCUAAAAAAACAACUCAAUUCCUAAACGUUAUUGUUAUUUUCAGUUAUAUUGUGGUAAACCUGUAAUCACUUCGCAAGAAAUAAAAGUGUUAAAAUCGCGUGUUUUCAUCACACGGCUGCUUCGCUGGUGUCAUUUUAACAUUGUGUUCGUGCAGCGGUGUUAACAUACCGUAAGGUCACCGCAGCUAGCUUGAACUGCCGCCGAUGAGGUUCUACAAAUGGUUCAAAUGUUGUCGAGGAGGGUGGUCGUGUGUUGCGAAGCGAAGGAUGAGAGUUUGCGUCCAGAGUGGCGCUCGGCGAACUGCCAGGGGACGAAUCGAUACUGUUAGCAGCAGCAUGUUGGGCAUCGCAGUAUGGGGUAAGGCGAACUGCCAGGGAGGAAGCUAUACUGUUACGGUGCACGUCCGUUGAUCCGGCGCCGCCCGUUUGAGUGGUUUCGGCGCGUCAAGAAGUUGGGCCACGGUCAAUAUUAUGCAAAUGAAUCCGGUUAACGCCAGGCUCCAAUGGAUGUAGAGUCUUUCAUAAACAAGAUAGUCUUCCUUGCUGGUCCGUUGUACUGCAACGGUACAUGUGGAAUAGUUUUGCUCCAUGUGAGAAGUUCAGCUACCAACAGGAGGAAAAGCUAAUUAUAGCGGGGAACAAGCGCAAUAUUGCUUAGAGGAUGGUGGAGAUUUUUGGUGACUCAGGUCAGUUUUAUAAGUUAGCUGUGUUGCUAAAUGUGAUGAUAAUUUAGCAUUGAGUUGUUUGUUUUAUAUGGCAGCACCACAUAAAUACGGUGCCUGCUAGCAUAGUGCUCAUUAUAACGGGUGUUUUUCUUUUUCACCCCCCCCCCCCCCUUUUUUUUGGGGGGGGGGGGGUUGGUUUCAUGUAAAUUAAAGUUGACGAAAGGAUGUCAACACAGCCCUCCCCCGCCGAAAACAAACCCUCACAGCGGAUACGUCCAGUAAGCAGCCAUCUGGGGCAAGGCAGCGCGUUUGCAGGCGAAAUCGCGCCGGGACAGUGGACUUGCACCAUUACACACAACAAACCUCAUUUGCAUAAUAUUGACUGUGGUCCAACUUCUUGACACACCGGAACACCUCAAGCGGGCGCGCCUGACCAGUGGACAUACAGGAUGUUGGGCGUCGGGUUCAUUACCCUGGCUGCCAUGACAACAUCUUCUGACUAGCCAGUGACAACUAUAGUGACGUAAAUCCUAUCACUGUUUAACCAAGGAAAGACAUAUAGUACUCUGAAUUCUUGAACUUGAAUGAUGAAGGACUGUGUACUAUGCAUUUGUCCAUAAAACAUGCAGUUUCAACUUCCAAGUGUUACAAUGGCUCUGCUCUCCUCUACAGGCUCACAACCCCAUGUGUGUUUUGUUUUCCUGAAUCAGAUCCAGG